AUGAAUCUUAAUGAUUCACUCUUGACAGAUCUUGACAGCUUGCCAUCUUCAGAUAAAACAGACAACAACAACAAGAAAAAUGAGACACCAGAAGAUGGAACAGAAAAUAGUGACAAGAAAAUUAAGAAAUCAGAUACUAAUAGUCAGAAGUCUAAGAGUACAAAGUACUGGCAGGAGUGGCAUGUUGGCUUGAGCAACAAGAAAAUCAAAAAUGUGGCCUGGAUUCUCUAUGUGCCUCAAGUACCUCAGACCUCACAUAUCUGUAACUAA